GGUCGCCGGUCCACUCCUGGCUACGAAGCAGGUCUGAAGAGAGAGGGUAAAGCAGAAGAUGGAAGUGUGGUCGAAUCUGUUGUCUUCUAUGGUCUUGCUCCUCUCUCUAUCACGAGAAGCCGCGCCUUGUUCCCUGCUGGAGGUAGAGUGUGACGGCCAGUGCGCGGUUGCGUGUGACAGCCAUAUCGAGUGCUCAGAUGGGAGAGAUGAAUCGCCGCUGUUGUGCAGAGAGAGAAAUUGCCAGGCAGCCGAAUCGAUAGUAGUGCUGAAUCCCUUUGGCAUCGACUCAAGCGAUCUGGCCGAAGGCCGCGAGCCCUUCCGCUGCGACUACGGGGGCUGCAUUUCGCCUCAGUUCAUGUGCAACGGCCACCUGGACUGCUGGGAUGGCUCUGACGAAACGCAGGAGCUUUGCUUCCACCGCACUUGCCCGAAGCGCACGUUCAAAUGCAAGUACGGUGGGUGCCUCAAGCGACUCCAGGCGUGCGACGGGAAGGCACAGUGCUUUGACGGCUCCGACGAAGACCCCGAGCUGUGCAAAAGGAAGCGCUGCUACUCGAGACAUUUCCAGUGCUCCUACGGGGCCUGCAUUAAGAGGGAAGGAAAGUGCGAUGGGGUUUCGGACUGCCUCGACAGCUCGGACGAGACCCCGGACCUCUGCGGUCCAGACCACACGUUCACGAAAACCGAAUCACGGAUACGUGUCCCAGCGGUCCUAGCGUCCUUUUUAAACCCAAAGCCUCCAGCAGCGUCUACCACACAACCUAAAACUACUACUACAGAUCCACCAACAACAACUACCACACAGCCAACAACAACAACAACCACCACGCAACCACCCCCACCACCACCAACUACCGCGCAACCACCCUCGCCGUCGCUAGCCAGUACAGACUCAGACUUAGAAGCUUCAUUUUCUUUCACCCCGAGUUUUCCAGUCGAGGACGUCCUCGGCUGCGAUGGUGUCCAGUCGUGUCCUUGCCCUCCGCCUUUGCAACAUUUCUGUGUCCCCUGCAAUGCUUGGAAUGAAACCUGCGCUCGUAUCGGAGAGGAGAACGUGUGCCUGAUGCCCUCCCGAGGCACCCUGACUGGCAUCGAAGUGGAGGUGCUCUCAUGUGGCGCCAACCCCUUUCCUAAGUCUGGCUGGGAUGGUACGCGCAGACAGAGAGUGCGGUACCGACCAGGGCGUCCCAGUCCUGACGGUGGUGACAGCGGACUGCUGGGGUACCACUACCCUGAUAGCAGAGUGCCAUGCUGACGGCCUGUGGCAUCCUUACGGCGAGCCCAAGAGUGCCAAACCUAUGCGGCAUCUGUGCCAACCUCACACCCUUAAUGCUGAUGUGUGUGGCAAGCGGGCCAGGUACGUGAGGCCCCCCGGCCGGUACGUGCCCUACGAGACGGCGUCCCUCUGGCCUUGGCUGGCGGGGCUCUUCCGCCACGAGAAGUACGCCUGCACCGCCGCCCUCGUCAGCCCCUUCUACCUCCUCACGGCCGCCCACUGCCUCACCAGGUCGCAGGAGACUUCGCAAGAAACUGUGGAUUUGCGCGACCUUAGAGUUCAGCAUCUCGACGACAGGGGCAACGUCAUCAAGGGAUAUGUCACGGCAGUCCACCUCUACCCCGCAUACGAGGCGGGUGCCAGGCCCUCCCGCGACAUCGCCCUCGUCAGACUGGAGAAGCCUGUGUUGUUCUCCCGAAAGCUGGUUCCCGCGUGCGUCCUGACGGGGUCUUUCCCGAGGCAUGACGUGGCCGCGACCUUCAACCGCACAGUCGCACGCUACAGAUGGGAGAUGAUCCUGCAAGAGCACGAUCCGCGCUGCCAUUCGCCCCACGACCGCUGUGCCUCGGCGCUCACGGUCGACAGAGACCAGUUUUGUGCCAUUGACAAAGAAUACCAGAGGUACCUGCCCGAGGGUUCCUCCGGAGGCCCGUACCUCGUGAACAUGGGCACCGACGCAGACGAGAAAUGGACGGCGGCUGGCGUCGUGUCGUCUUCCUACGGCGAGGCCUCCUGCAGCCGACCGUACACCAUCUUCACCGCCGUAGGGAAUUACUGGCCGUGGAUCGAGCGAUGUGUCUAUCUCGGAAAUUGUUCUCAGCCUUUGGAGGGCGAUGGGGUAUGAGAGGUAAUUAUUCUCAUCUCCUGAAAAGGACUAAGAAUGUAAGGGGGUACUAUUGUUCGUUGCUCUUUUAAGGCCUGAUGUACAUGAUAUGUAAACGUGUUAUGCAACAUUUCGGAACAUUGCUAUGGACAUGCUUGCAGGCGUCUUCGAAGAUGCUUUUGGACGGUGGCACCCGGAAGCAUGUUUCGAGACACGUGUGUACGACGCCCGGGCGGCAACGAGUGCCGGGAGAAGCACUUCUUAUUGUAUGGCUUAUUUAAAAGAAUAUGUGUAUCAUGUUUCAGACAUGUUAACGGCAGUGUUUCGGGCAAAGGUUUACGCUGUGUAUACAAGGCCCGCGGUUCCGUCCACACGAUCGACUAGUUAGUGCACUUUUGGCUUGUGUCAGCGGGCAAAUCAGCGCAGUGCAGGAGUGAAGCCACCGCGCCAGACAUUGACUAGUUGUGUAACGAAGUUCAUGUGGACCCUAAGAAGCGUUUCUGUCAGCUACUUGAUUUAUGCAAUUGCCAAAUGUUCCGCCACUAACCAAAGUUUACUUGUCCAGACUCGAGAUCCUCAUUAUUGCUCAGCUUAGAACUCCGGAAUAUAUCUUAUGCACAUCACAGCAGUCAUAUGUGUGUGUGUGUGUGUGUUGUGUGUGUGUGUGUGUGUGUGUGUGUGUGUGUGUGUGUGUGUGUGUGUGUGUGUGUGUGUGUGUGUGUGUGUAUUUCAACAAAGAGUAUUAGAUUAAGAACAAGUCUGUAUACUGGUACUGAAAUUGCUGUAAAGUAUGAUUUGGCUCUGUCGUGCUUCUUCCGUGUUAGCUCAGGAGUGAGGCAAGGCUAUGUUCUCGCACCAACACUUCAACAUUUGCAUGGACUGGAUACUGGGCAGAACUACUGUCUAAAGUCAUUAAGGAGCAACACUAGGCAGACCUUGACUUGCAUUCAACAAUGAAGAAAAGCCCCUGGGUUUAGAGGUCUCUUGGACCAAGACCAAGAUCCAGGGCUUUGUGGGCCUGCUAGAAGAGCCUUUAUAGUCGGCGUAUGCUUGCAGCAAGGAUAUUAAAGUCACAGAGAGUUUUACCUACUUGGUAGUGUAGUUCAUGACUCUUGGCUGUCAGACCAAUCUCCUAACAGUUAGUCAGUAGACAGAUUGGCCUAGCAGCAGGGGUCAUGAAAUCUGUCAACAUGUGUAUUUGGAGAUGCAAAAGAGGCAAAAGGACCAAGGUAUGCAUCUUCAAGCCCUGAUACUGCCAGUGAAACCUGGUGCAGUACACAUGAAAGGUCAUUCACUCAUAAGUUUGUCUUUGACAGAAAAAAAAAAAAUUGGACUCCAAGAUUUUGUCAAUGACUACUCGCAAAAAUGUCUUUGACACCUGAUUUUUGUCAAUGACUUGGCCGAGGGUCUGGUCCUAAUACCUUUUGUAACAGGCCUUUGUGCUGGAUCAUGGGGUACAGUGGAAAGUUCAUGUGUCCAACCAAUGGUUACUGCCAAUGAUUCUACAUAUACAGGAGUAUAUAUGACUUCAUGUGCAGAAACCUCAUGCUGCACAAUUAUGAAAUAUAUGUAAAUAGUUUUGUAAAAAGUUUUAUGUUCGCCAUAAUUAGCAUGUAUAAUAAGAAAAAAAAUAA